GAGAUAUCGUACGUCUCACAUUGUGGAAAAUCGUAAACUUCAACCGUAAACAUGUCUGGUUGUGGAAAAGGUGAUAAAGUUAAGAGAAGGAAAUCCCGUUACAGUCGUGUUAGACCACGCAGAGGUUCCGAAAUGUGGUUCAUUGGACUUAUCCUUAAGUAUCUGCGAAGAGGAAAUUACGCCGAGAAUGUCAGAGGUGAUGCUUCGGCUUAUCUAGCUGGCGUGUUGGAUUAUCUUGCUGCUGAAAUAUUGGAUUUGGCGGGAGUUGACGCCAUCCUCGAAAAGAAGACCAGAAUCUGUCCUAGGCAUCUACGAAGUUGCAUUCGCAUUGACACUGAAUUGACCAGACUAAUCUCUAGAGUUUUAUUGCCAAAGGAAAUAGAAAUCGAGAAAAAAGCUUAACUGCAGAAACUACAAACGGAGUUUUUAAGGCUAUCAAUUUUUUCAUGUA